AUGCGCGCCUUCGCCGCGGCCGCGGGGCCGGCGAGGGCGACGCUGCCUCCGCGGGACCGGCGGUUCGAUCCCUUGACGCCGCCGCCGCCGGCGUCGGAGUUCCCGCCGUACGCGCCGCGCGACUUCUUCCGGUACGAGCUCAUCCAUCAGUCGAAGAAAUCGAACGCGCGCGUGGGGCGGAUUCACACCCCGCACGGGGUCAUCGACACCCCGGGGUACGUCGCAGUCGGCACCAUGGGCGCGAUGAAGUCGGUCCCGCACCAGGAGCUGCACGCCGCGAACGUGCAGCUCAUGUUCAGCAACACGUACCACCUCAUGCUGCAGCCCGGCGCGGACCUCGUCGAAAACGCUGGAGGCCUCCACGCGUUCAUCGGCCGCGACGCGCCGAUCAUCACGGACAGCGGCGGGUUCCAGGUCUUCUCCCUCGCGCGACCGAACGAAGGCGACGGCGAGGAGAUGAAAUCACGCCGGGCGAGCAAGCAGAAAGGCGCGGACGGGCUCCUACUGCGCGUCAACGAGGCGGGGGCGCUGUUCCGAUCCUACCGCGACGGCGUCGAAGUCGCGCUCACGCCGGAGAGCUCCGUGCUCGCGCAGAAGAAGCUCGGCGCGGACAUCAUCAUCCCGCUGGACGAACUCCCGCCGUACAGAAUAGACCCGGAGGCGCUGCGGCGGAGCGUGUACAUGAGUCACCGGUGGGAGGCGAGGAGCCUGAGGACGCACCUGGAGGACGUGCGGCGGCAGGCGAUGUACGCCGUCGUCCACGGCGGCGUCGACCGCGAGCUGCGCGUGAUGAGCGCGCGGUACCUCGCGUCGCUGCCGUUCGACGGGUUCGCGAUCGGCGGCAGCGUCGGGAAAGACACGGCCGAGGUGGCGUCGUUGCUGUCGUAUCUCGUCCCGUUGUUACCUCCCGACCGGCCGCGGCACUUGCUCGGCGUCGGCGACGAGAAAACCGUGCUCGCAUCGACGAGAGAGGGCGUGGACACGUUCGACAGCACGUUCCCCUCGAAGAACGCGCGGCACGGGCAGCUCAUGACGCGGACGCGAGGGACGUUUAACGUCGCCAGGGCGGAGUGCGCGAGGAUGCACGAGCCGCCGUGUCGCGAGUGCGGAUGCGCGCUGUGUGUGAACCACACGGUGUCGUACCUGCAUCACCUCGUGAAGGCGAACGAGCCGACCGCGGCGACGUUGAUGACCGCGCACAACUUGCACUACAUGGGGUGGCUGAUGCGGGAUCAGAGAGAGAAGAUACUGAACGACGAGAUAUGA